AUGACUAAUCCCAAAAAUGUUGUUCCCAACUCAGGGACCUCCAGCAGACAUGCUUCUAUUGUGGAGAUGCUAUCCUCUCCGCCUUUACUACCACAUCAGCAUGCGCAGCACGCUCAUGUUCAUAGAUCUCAAGGUAGAUCAGAGAGCAUAGAGUCUAUUCCAUUACAGAGGAGCGCUUCUGGCACGUCUUCGAUUACCUCUAUGGGGUCCAACAACGAUAGCAGCAGUGCUAAUGCACAGAGUGCAAACCCUAGUGCGGGAAGUGCUACCAAUGUGGGUGCCAGUGGUACUCCUCACUCUGGCAGUGGGCUGGAAGCUGGAAACACUGAUUUAUCUGCUGUGCCAAUGCUACAGACACCAUCCCAGUGUUUGAACUCAGCUCAUAUUCAUACCUGGAAACACAUCCAAUUAUCACAAUUAAUUGAACAGAACAAGUUAAUCUUCGUGCCAGGAUCGUUAUCCGUAGAAGAGACUUUCAACACAUUGAUCAAGUACCACUUGACCUCUAUCCCUGUUGAAGCUGUGCCAGGCGAUAUGAACUGUUUAACUUUUGAUUACAAUGACUUGAACUCAUACUUACUUUUAGUACUGAACAAAAUAACAAUCAAUAAUAAGCAAGUGACCCAGGACUGCCAGAAUGGUAAACCAGUGGCUGUGGGAGACAUUGUCAAGUUGACUCCAAAGAAUCCUUUUUACAAAUUACCUGAAACCGAAAACUUGUCUACCGUAAUGGGCAUUUUGGGCUCCGGUGUUCAUAGAGUGGCUAUAACAAAUCCAGAGAUGACUCAAAUCAGAGGUAUUUUAUCGCAACGUAGACUAAUAAAAUACAUAUGGGAUAAUGCUAGGUCCUUUGGAACAUUAGAACCAUUACUGAAUAGCUCACUACAGGACUUGAAAAUCGGAGUUUUGAAUACAAACUCUAAGCCAACUUCAAGGCAGUCAAGAGUCAUUUCAAUUCAAGGUGAGGAGCCUUUAAUAAUGGCUCUAUAUAAGAUGCAUAAAGAAAGGAUCUCUUCCAUUGCUGUUAUUGAUCCACAAGGCAACUUAAUUGGUAACAUUUCAGUAACAGAUGUCAAGCAUGUCACUAGAACCUCCCAAUAUCCACUGCUUCAUAAGACGUGCCGUCAUUUCAUUUCUGUGAUUUUGAAUUCCCGUGGUCUAGAGACGGGUAAGGACUCUUUCCCAAUCUUUCAUGUAUAUCCAACAAGUUCUCUUGCAAGAACACUGGCAAAAUUAGUAGCAACUAAGUCGCAUAGAUUGUGGAUCGUACAGCCUCAAGAAGCGCCAACUGCCACAUCAAGUAGUUCAACUUCUUCCAGUGUAAAUACCGGAACCAUUUCCCCAAACCCUACACCAACCACCACCUCAGCUUCUCCAGCUCCUGGAGCAACACCAAAUGCCUUAAACAACCAUUCUCCAUUAUUAAGUACCGUUGAUGAUGGCCAUACUGUCAUUAACCCUGCUACACAAGCUACAAAUACAACAGUAAUCCAACCUAAUCUAUUUGAAAAGGAGUACAGAACUGGCAAAUUGAUAGGUGUUGUGUCAUUGACUGAUAUCAUCAACCUGUUAGCCAGAAAACAGACUGCAAAUACUGAAGUUGACCCACAGACAGCUAGAAGACAAAGAGGUCCAGCAACUCAAUAA